CACGAAGCUUCCUACCAUAUUCUGCUCAGUUUUAGCGUCAAUCUCACUGCGAUAUUCCUUUUCCUGUAUUCUUCUAUAGUUCACACGGCUACAAUUUCAUGGACUCGUGAAUUCACUGAUGCUCUCAGGCCUCAGGCCCUCACUGCUACUACUAGUUCUUACUACAUAUACAAGUUCAGCGCUCAUUUCUUCUCCGGGUGUCAGUGCUCGAAUUUCUAUGUGCGGUUGUCUUCGCCAAAUUGCCACGGCGCUCUUCGGCUUCAUCCUCCCUGUGUUCUUGACCAAUGACAGUCCUCGUAACUGAUCAUGAUAGCAUAGCAGACAGGGUGCAAAAGUGUCGAGCGGCCUUGCAGGGCUGUCCCCCCGGUCAUUCUAAUCGAUCAGUGUCUCUCUACAAUCUUGCCACCGGCCUUCAAAACAGAUUCGAGCAGCGGGGUGUCCCGUCUGACCUUGAUGAGGCCAUCGAGCUCCAUCGGGCUGCACUACUCCUUCGUCCCCCCGGUCAUUCUGAUCGAUCAACGUCUCUCAACAAUCUUGCCAACAGCCUUCAAAACAGAUUCAAGCAGCGAAGCGUCCCGUCUGACCUUGAUGAGGCCAUCGAGCUCUAUCGGGCUGCACUACUCCUUCGUCCCCCCGGUCAUUCUAAUCGAUCAGGGUCUCUCGAUAAUCUUGCUCUGAGCCUUCGUAACAGAUUCGAGCAGCGAGGUGUCCCGUCUGACCGUGAUGAAGCAUUUCGGCUGUAUGUGCAACUCUCCUACCUAUCUCAUGCAGUCUCCCGUAGGGAUCUUACUGCUGCCAAGUCAUGGGCCACCUCUGCCGAAGAGACGAACCAUGACUCUGCAUUACUUGCCUAUCAAACUGCGUUGAAAUUCCUAGAUCAGCAUGUUGCUAUGUUGCCGUCUUCCCCACAUCUAUUUGAUGUCGUCAGGAUGGCCACAGCUUCACUUGCCAUGGACGCUUUCUCGUGCAGUGUUCGUCAUGGUGCACUGAAAACUGCGAUGGAAUUGGUGGAGCAAGGCCGUGCCGUAUUCUGGACCAAGUUGGCACGCUUACGCUCACCGCUCGAUGAACUUUCCCUGUCCGGUGACACCGGCGCAGCCUUGGAGAAUGAGUUCAAGCAGCUGAGCUUUGGCCUUCGUAGCGCGCUUGAUCGGUCUACUGAAGAGCAGUCCCCACAAAUCCGACAACUGACCAUGCAAUGGAAUGAUGUCGUCUCCCGCAUCCGCAUGCUGCCUGACUUUUCUCGGUUUCUCCUGCCUCCCCUUUUCUCCGACCUACAGAAGGCUGCUGAAGAAGGCCCUGUCAUUAUCGUCAAUGCAAGCCAGUAUGGCUGUGACGCCUUGAUUGUCUUCAGUGCACAAGAUCCUGUCCACGUUCCACUCGAUAUCCCGCAGACUGAAGUCUACGAGUUGUCUUCGGAGUUUCAGUCCCUCGCAGAGCAAUUUGGUUCUUCUGAUCGUCAAAACAAACUUGUCAGCAUCCUCCGCAAGCUUUGGGAUUGUGUUGUUGAUCCCGUGGUCCGAGCUCUUAGGGCGUCUAAAAUUAACCAUGGCUCGCGUAUCUGGUGGUGCCCCACUGCUGAGUUCACGCUUCUUCCUCUACAUGCAGCAGGACCGUACGAGAAGAACAAAAACAACUUUUCUCACAUUUAUAUCUCCUCUUACACCCCCACUUUGGCGACACUCAUUCGGGCGAGACAGCGAGUUUCUCAAGAGGUGUCCACACAACAUUUUGUUGCUAUCGGUCAAGCGAAUCCGGACAGAGGGAAGGAACUCCGUCAUGUCGCUCCCGAGUUAGCCAUCGUCGCUCGGUGUCUUGGGCCCGUGGUCUCUUUCACAUCACUCGAGGAUAACGACGCAACAAUCCAGGGUGCACUUGAUGCACUAAAUCAUAAUCAGUGGCUCCAUCUAGCUUGCCAUGGAAUGCCACAUCGGACGCAAUCGUUCGACUCUUCCUUCGCAAUGCGCGAUGGGCCGUUGAUGAUCAAGGAAAUCAUCCGUUCCAACUGGCAGAACAUGGAGUUUGCAUUCUUAUCGGCUUGCCACACUACCGUGGGCCAUGAGAAGAGUCCCGACGAGGCGAUACAUCUCGCUGCGGCGAUGCAAUUCUCUGGAUUUCGCAGUGUGAUAGGUUCCAUGUGGUCUGUCGACGAUGAGGUUGCACAACAGGUUGUGUCCGUUUUUUACCGCAAACUGGUCGAUGGCUCAAGGAGAUUGGACUGCACACGGGCUGCGGUAGCGUUGCACAAGGCUUUGAAAUCGUUGCACAAGAAGAUUCCACUAGAACAACAGAUCGUGUUUGUUCACAUAGGUGUCUAGUUUGAUUGAUUCGUCGUGUUAUUGCAUUCUAUGCUAUGUUAUCCUGAUUGCUUUUAUUGCCCUGUUGUCCCACCUAGAUCCCAGUUAUUCAAAUCAUGUCUGCACGAUACUCUUUUUCCCUGUUGUAUACUAGUACUGGAAACACCGAUCCAUUGAAUGAUUAUACAUGCUUUGUCAAACAUACA